CGUCACUAUGAGUGACUAUACUCACUAUGACUAAUUUAUGCAUGUAUAAUUACCAUUGCGAAUCUUCAAUAUCGACUGUGGACUAAUUAAAGAAAGAAAAGUUGAAGAAAUUGUUGAAAAUCAAUUAUAUUCAACCAAAAUUGGGGGAAAAGGAAAAUCACAUGCUAUUAUUCAUAAGUGGAUUGGACAGCUUUGCACAAGAGCAGUCAGUCAAUUGUGCUUAACUGAAAAGAAUAACAAAGUCUCACGUACAGCAUGGAACAUCUAUCGAUAACUCCACAAAGAAGAGGAUGAUUAGACUUAGUAAUUCAUGUGAAGGUGGCAGCAGAGUUAGAGCUGUAGUUAUUUCUUGGGAUGGACAUGCUAAAUUAUCAGGUGCAUUUGAGAUACUGGCAGCAGAUAUGCUUCCUACAUCUGAUGAAUUCUGUAUGCAUAAGGAUGAGCCUGAUUGGGAUACACCAACAGGUGGAUUCGCUUCCGUAGAUGAGGCAAUUGAAGAUAUUCGUCAAGGCAAGAUGGUCAUUGUUGUUGAUAACUACGAUAGAGAAAACGAAGGAGAUCUAAUAAUAUCAGCAGAGUUAGCAACUUCUGAAGCUAUGGCGUUUAUUGUAAGGGAUGAAUUUUCCAAGUCUGAGAUGCAAGAUUGAAUUAUUUGUGACACGCCAACAUUGCAGUUACUCAUUUGGAUGGAAUUUGGAUUAAGGCUGAAUUUUCCAAGUCUGAGAUGCAAGAUUGGAUUAUUUGUGACACGCCAACAUUGCAGUUACUCAUUUGAGAAGUACCAAAAAAGUUUUAUUCUUAUGAAACCAAAAAGAGAAAUAACUGUGGAGUCGAGCUAUUGCAGAUUCGAUCUACUGUGAUUCAAGUUACAGCGGAUUCGAGCUACUGUGAUUCUAGUUAUUGUGAUUCUGUUUUCCGUGAUUCUUGUCUAUCUAUUUGUUCGGCCUCAACAACUCCACAGUUAUGAAUUCCAUUAACAACGGAUUAGGUUUUUUGUUUGGUGCUGGAUUUUUUGUCGAUUGGGUUUGUACGAAUAGUUUUUAGAUACCAGACAGUAUUGGGAUAGAUGGGUUGUUCUUGAUUUUAUCUUAGAAGGUGAAGAUAACCGGUGAAGGUGUUGUUUAUAUCAUUAUAAAACACAUUUUUCUAUCAUUGUUUAGCACACUGGGUGUUUGUGAAAACUCCACAACCAAUUGAUUUAUUUUAAACAAUGUAGAAGAAGAUUUUAACACCCUAUAAUCAUAAGCAGGUCGGCUUCCUUCAUUUGUUUAAA